GCACAAUCCUGGAUGAGGAGAAUCAGCUGAAUGUAGAAACCUUCAAUCCUCAUUCAUCAAACAUCCAGAGCUCCAAGAACGGGAAUCAAGAACGAAAUUGAAUCGCACGGCUUAAAUAAAUAAUAUUAAAAACUUUAAUAAUGAACAUGAUGAAGACCGGUACACUAUUUAAUUUUUUUGUUAUAAGUUAUUGCUUUCGUUUUGGAAAAGGAUUCACAACAAAUUUAGAUCUGACAGGAAAGAAACAGUACCAGAUUCAGAACGGGCCAUGUACCUACACCUUUCUGCUACCAGAACCGCAAAACUGUGGAAGCCCAUCAAGCACCCAAACCAACCAAGUUCAGCGUGAUGACCUGGUUGAUUACGACAGCUCAGUCCAAAGACUGGAACAACUACAGACUAUCAUGGAGAACAACACACAAUGGCUGCAAAAGCUGGAGAACUACAUCCAGGAGAACCUCAAUCAAGACAUGGUCCAGAUGCAACAGGACACGGUGCAAAAUCACACAGUGACCAUGAUCAAGAUUGGGACAAACCUCUUGAGUCAGACAGCAGAGCAAACUCGAAAAAUCACUAAUGUUGAAGCACAGGUAAUUAAUCAAACAACCCGACUUGAACGUCAGCUUCUUGAGAACUCCAUUUCCACCAGCAAACUGGAAAAAGAAAUUCUACAGCAGAUAAAUGAAAUCGAUAAACUGAAUGAUAAGAACAGCAUCCUUGAGAAGAGAAUGGAGGAAAUGGAGGGAAAAAGAAUUGCAGAGCUGGACAAUCUAAAAGAGGAGAAAGAACAGCUCAAGAACCUGGUGGAAAAACAGAUCAGCACUAUAAAAGAGAUGGAGCAACAACUCCUCCUUGCCUCCUCUGAUAACUUUGCCAUGAAGCAGCAACAGCAGGAGCUGACCAACACAGUCAACAAUCUAAUCCAAACCAUCUCUGUGGGUGCCAAUUCGGCAAUGAUGCAGGACAAACCAGAAGAGUACAACAACUGUGCUGCAGUCUUUAAAUCAGGAAACAAAGAAAGUGGGGUCUACUCAUUGACCAUACCAGAUACCAAACAGCAAUUUAAGGUCUACUGUGACAUGGAAACAGAUGGAGGUGGAUGGACAGUAAUACAGAAGCGCUUCAAUGGCCUAGUUGAUUUUCAUCAAACAUGGAAAAAUUAUACAUUGGGCUUUGGAGACAUCUCCGGUGAACACUGGUUGGGAAAUGAAUUCAUUUCAAAGCUGACACAAGAAAAGCAGCAUGUGCUUAGGAUAGAUCUGAUGGAUUGGGAGGGAAAUAAAGCCUUUUCCAAAUAUGACCAGUUCUUACUUGAUGGAGAAAAGCAAAACUACAGGAUACAGCUCAAUGGCUACAGUGGGACAGCAGGGAGAACCAGUAGCAUGGGUCAGCCAGGAAGUGAUUUUAGCACAAAGGAUGUAGAUCAUGACAAAUGUGUUUGUAAAUGCUCACAGAUGCUCUCAGGAGGUUGGUGGUUUGACGCCUGUGGACCAUCCAAUCUCAAUGGUGUUUACUACCAGCAGGGACAGAACACCAAUCGUUUCAACGGCAUCAAAUGGUAUUACUGGAAAGGGUCUGCCUAUUCAUUAAAGGCGACGAUGAUGAUGAUAAGACCAGCAGACUUUUAAACCAGACAAUCCAGUGCACAACGAUAACUGAUGUCACUGCUUUCCUAUCCAAUAAGAACACAUUUGGAGGGAGAAGGUUUGACCUUCAUGCACCUCCCGACAGACUUCUUUAAGAAGAUUAAGCACUUGCUAAACAACUUGGUUAAGGUGUUAAUUUUUGUAAAAAAUUAUUUAACUAAAGCAUUACACAGCCUACAACAUUAGGAUGGAGCACUACAAAUGGACACAAAAAAGUAUUAUGAAUUUAUUGUGAAUGACAGGUGUGCAGACUGACAUACUCUGAUGCGUUACAUACUUCAUGUUGAUGUUAAAGCAACCAGAACUAGUAUUUUCCACAUUGAGAGUGUUUAUUUUUUAUGUAAUAAAUUUAUUUGUAAAUACCAAAUAUUUAGGUUUAAAAACGUGACAAUGGUACAAGAAUAAAUUAAAUAAAUAAGGCUGAGGGUGACCCUUAGGUUUGCACGAUCACUUUAAAUGGUUUUGUGCUUUGGGCCUUUAAAACACAAAAAAUGAAUUUUUCUUUUAAUAGUGGCUAUGUGUUGGUGGGUCGAAACUUUAUAACAUUUGGUUAAAUAUAUUCUUAGAAAAAAAGUACAAAAGUUGUCACUGGGACGGUACCUUUUAAAAAGUUCCUAAUAUGUACCACCACUAUGAACCCCUAGGUGAACCCCACCUUUGAGGUACCAAAAUGCACUUUUUAGGUACAGAAGUGUACUUUUUAAAAAGGUACCACCCCAGUGAAAACGUUUGUAGCGUCUUGUACCAUUUUUUCUGAGAGUGUAGCAAGGAAAACUGUUGCAUGUUUAGACUCGUGGUAUAGAUGAGGUUCCUGUUUGUAAUGGUAUCUGAACACUAACUGGCUGAUGUUUUUAUCACUCAACUAUUAAAAUUAAGAACACUUAGUGAAUUUAUUUGGUAAAGAUUAAAUAAAAACUUUAUGUUUAUGUAAACGU